AUGACUCGUCGAUUCCAUACAUUUACAAUUUUUAUAACAAGCACAACAAUAGCAACAGCAGCCGCCGCAACAUUUGGUCUGACACGUUUGAUUUAUCGACGACAAGAGAAUUCUUCAAAUGAAAAUAAUACAACUAAACUAUCAUCCAUAGUACUUGAAUCAAAACAUGAUUUAAUUGAUAAUAAAUUAUCAAAUAAAGAUAAUAAUGUAUAUAUACCAAUUGAAUCAACUAAUGCUGUUAUAACUGCAAUUUAUCAACAAGCUUUACAUUAUAUAAAAUUAACACAUUCAACAAGUACUCAUAUAUAUGAACAUGGUCUUAGUCAUUUAGCUAAAUUAAAUAAUUUACCUUCAAUUUAUUAUUCAAUUAUUGGUCAACAACUUGAUUAUCAUUCAGCUAUAAAAUUAGCACGAACAUAUGAAGCUAAUUCAAAUUUAUUUCCUAUUGGUCCACCAUAUAUAUUUUCAAUUGGAAAUAAAAAAAUACUUUCUACUGGUAAUAUAGAUAAUGUUAAUGAUGAUGAUGUACUUUUACAUACAAUAAAACAAUUUCUUGAUAAAUUAAUUAAUGAAAAAAAACGUCCAUUAGAUAUAUUAAGUCAAUAUUAUCUUAAAUUAUUACAAUCCUAUAUGGAUGAUAUUCAUUCUCAAACUGUAUUUGAUCUUGUUCAUCAUUUUGAAGCUGAACAUGCUGAUAUAUCAUCAAAAGCAAUAAAACGUUAUCGAUCAAAUCUUGAACUUUAUUCAAUGUUUCUUUAUGCACUUCGUGGUUAUGCUGAUCGUUAUCCACUUGAUGUUAUAAAUUUUAAUGGUUUACAAAUAUUAAAAUAUUUAUAUGAAAAACGAAAAGAAAAUAUACCAUUUAUAAGAUUUCUUGGAAAAAUUCUUUUAUUACUUAGUCGUGAUCAACAAACACAUGAUGCAUUCUAUGCCGUUGGUUGGGUUAGAAUUCUUCAUGAUAUGGCAUUAGAUAAGAAUAAUAUUAUUUAUUCAUUAUUGGCUUCAACUAUUUUAGCAAAUCUUGAUCGACCUAUACAUGAUAACACAUUAAUAGAUGAAGGAAAAAUUUCCAUUAAUAAAAACAUAAAAACGUUACAUCUACCGUCAGAAAUUAGUAAUCAUGAAUUAAUUGAAGCGGAACAAAAAUCAGAAGAAAGAAAAGAAAUUUUAUAUGAAAAAAAUCAAUCAUUAUCAAAACAAUCAAAUCUUAUCGAUAAAUUUAUACGUCAUAUAUGGUAUACAAGACCAAUUUCUGAUGAAGAUGAUGAUAUAAAUGAAAAUAAUAAAACUAUUGAUGAUCAUAUUGAAAAGAAAAUUUCUGCACCAGAUAUUGAUACAACUCAUCAAAUAACUGAUAAUAAUAAAAAAAUAAUAGAACAACAUGAAUUAUCUUCUAUUCCAUCAUGGUUUAAUGAUCAAGUCUAUGGUGAUAAAAUUAUUCUAUUCAGUCCAACAAUGUAUAAUAUUCAACAAAUCGAUCCUAAUGUACGUUGGCAUCAAGAACCAAUUAUUGAUAUUAUUUUUUUUCAUGGUUUAGCUGGUUCAGCUUUUAAAACAUGGCGACAAGAAGUUGAACAAUCAUUAGAAAAUAAAACAUUACCAAUAACUGAUGAAUCUCCUAUAGAAGAAGAAGAAGAAGAAAAUGAUGAAGUAUUAGAAGUUCGUGAAGAAACAAAUUGGAAUAAAACAAAAAUUGAUAUACCAUCACAUUCUAUAUUACAAAUUAAUGAAAAUCAACCAUCAUCAUGUUGGCCAAAAGAUUGGUUAAGUAAAGAUAUUUCAACAUCACAUAUACGUAUGUUAGCUGUUGAUUAUGAAUCAAUUGUUUCUGAAUGGCAAAUACGUUCAUUACCAAGAAAUAUUAUACGACGAUCAAUGUAUGAUCGUGCAAAAGAAAUUGCUGAACAAUUAAAACAAGCUGGAGUUGGAAAACGACCAAUUAUAUGGGUUGCACAUUCAAUGGGUGGUUUAUUAACAAAAUAUAUUUUAACAAAUGAAGAAAAUCAAGAUAUAAUAUCAAAUACUCGUGCUUGUAUUUUUUUUUCAGUACCACAUUUUGGUGCUGAAUUAGCAUCAUUUGGUAUUCGUCAUGCAUUUAUUGUUCGACCAACAGUUGAAAUUGAAGAAUUAGAACCAAAUAGUAAAAAUCUUCUUAAUUUACAUGAAAAAUUUCUUGAUAUACUUAAAACUCAUGAUAAUAUAAAAAUUUUAAGUUUUGCUGAAAAUGAAAAAACAACAUUUUCAUUACGUUAUCAAACUGUUGUUGUAACAUCUGAAAGUUCACAAAUAAAUAUUGGAAAAUUUUUUAUAUUAAAUAAAAAUCAUAUUUAUGUAUGUAAACCAAAUUCAAAAAAUACUCUUGAAUAUCAAGAAUUACUUGAUCUUAUACAAACAAUUUAUUAUCAACGUAAAAAUGAACUUAAAACUGAACAAAUUAAAUUAACAGAAGAUCUUCUUAAUAAUUUAUAUACAUAUUCAUCACCUAUAGAAGAUGAUACACAAUAA